CUCCUUCUCUCUUCUGUUGUCUAUGGAAGAUGUCGAAGCAAACAUAUAGAAUCUGCCUCUGCUUCCGGCGUGGAUUCCGGCUCAAAGUAGCCGAAGCUCCGCCGGAGAUCAAGUCCCUCUUCGAACGGUACUCUGAGAAUGGAAUUAUGAUUGUUGAUCACCUGCAUAGAUUCCUCAUGGAAGUUCAGGGAGAAGAUAAGGCCACCAAGGAGAACGCUCAAGCCAUUAUCGAUACCAUGAAAGAAUUCAUGCACCUCAAUAUCUUCCACCGUAAGGGACUCAAUCUCGAAGCCUUCUUCCGCUUUCUCUUUGGUGAUCUUAAUCCUCCUCAAUCGCCUUCCCUUGGGGUGCACCAUGAUAUGACGGCUCCAUUAUCUCAUUAUUUUAUAUAUACAGGGCAUAAUUCCUACGUAACUGGGAAUCAAUUUAGCAGCAAUUCUAGUGAUGUCCCUAUUAUGAAGGCACUGCAUAGAGGUGUAAGGGUAAUUGAGCUGGAUAUUUGGCCCAACUCUACAAAAGAUGGUGUUGAUGUUCGUCAUGGAAGGACUCUAACAACUCCUGUAGAACUCAUCAAAUGUCUGAUGUCUAUCAAGGAGCAUGCAUUUUCUGCAUCUUCACAUCCAGUUGUAUUAACUCUAGAAGAUCACCUUACUCCAGAUCUUCAGGCAAAAGUAGCUGAGAUGGUCACAGAAACAUUUGGAGAUUUGCUGUAUACCUCUGGGCCAGAAGGCUUAAAGGAAUUCCCUUCACCAGCGUCACUGAUGAAGCAACUCAUUAUUUCUACUAAACCACCAAAAAAACACCUUGAAACUAAGAUUGUGAAGGAAAAAGAAAAUGAAUCGCAGAAGGGGAAGGAUUCAGCUGAUGAAGACGCUUGGGGGAAGGAAGUUCCAGACCUGAAACCUGCACUUGAAGCUUCUGAUAAGCAGGAUGAAACAGAAGAGGGAGAAGACCAUCUGGAUGAAGAAGAUCUUGAUGAUGAAGAUUCCAAGACACAGCAGAUUGCAGCACCUGAGUAUAAGCGUAUAAUUGCUAUUCAUGCUGGGAAAGUGAAGGGUGGACUUAGUGACUGGCUAAGGGUGGAUCCGAAUGAAGUUAGACGUCUUAGCUUGAGUGAACAAGAAUUUGAAAAGGCAAUCAAAACUCAUGGAGCUGAGAUCAUCAGGUUCACUCAGCGGAAUUUGCUUAGAAUAUUCCCAAAGAUUUUACGUGUUGAUUCAUCAAAUUACAAUCCACUAAUUGGGUGGAUGUAUGGGGCUCAAAUGGUCGCUUUUAAUAUGCAGGGAUAUGGCAGGUCACUCUGGUUGAUGCAUGGAAUGUUCAGAGCCAAUGGAGGGUGUGGUUAUGUGAAAAAACCAGAUUUUCUAUUAACAAUUGAUCCAAGUAACGAGGUCUUUGAUCCUAAAGUUCGGUUGCCAACUAAGAAAACCUUGAAGGUGAAAGUGUAUAUGGGAGAAGGAUGGUAUUUGGAUUUUCAUCACACACAUUUUGAUUUAUAUUCCCCUCCGGACUUCUAUACCAGGGUCGGAAUUGCUGGGGUCCCAGCUGAUACAAGAAUGGAAAAGACAAGAAUAAUUCAGGAUGAAUGGACACCAAUUUGGGACGAGGAAUUCGAAUUCCCGUUGACUGUUCCAGAGCUGGCUUUGCUUCGGAUUGAAGUGCAUGAGUAUGACAUGUCUGGGAAAGAUGAUUUUGGAGGCCAGACAUGUUUGCCUGUGUCGGAAUUGAGAACGGGGAUCCGAGCAGUCCCACUCCAUGACAGCAUGGGAGAGAAGUACAAAAAUGUAAAGCUUCUUAUGCGUUUUGAGUUUGUUUGAGAUCUCUCUCCGAUGUUUUUAGUGGUUGGUGUCUCACUUGAUAAUCCCAUGGCCAUGUUAUUGUUGUGUAUAUAUUGUACAUUCAUCAUAAAGGUCCCUGUUUGC